AUGCCCAAUGCUCAGUCUAUGGGAAUUGAAGAUAUAAAACUGAAUUGUUCACCACAGGCUCGAUUAUCAACGCCCACAAUGAUUAACGAAACCUCUGAACAAGGAAAUCAUGAUUUACGAAUGUUAUUAAAUUCUCGAACUCCACGGAAUAAUAGUGUUUCAUCUAUGCGUCAAAAUAUGACACCCGGUGGAAAUAAGAUUACAACGUCUAAUACAUCAGAUCAAUUGAGAAAUAUUCGUUCUAGUGUUUCUGGAAAUAAUCCAAAUUAUUUUCGAAUACAAAUCCCUAGUACACGUGCAAUAUCUCGACCUAAAGGAUUUGCUAUGACGGAUAGUCUUAAAUUGUAUGAAGAACAAAUUUUCAGUCAUUGUCAACCGCAUCAACGACCACAAUCGUGGUGCCUAGAUUUUGAUCAACCCCGUGAUGAACAUAAUCCAGUGGAUGAUUCACAUUCUAGUUCCCCAGCAUCCACGGUCUCAUCAUCAUUCUCUUCCUCAUCUUCAUCUGAUACUUCCCAGUUAUUAUCAUCACAUAAUCAUGCUGAUCUCAGAAGGAUCAAAAAUCCUCCUUAUUAUACUCCACCUAUCCAACCGAGGAACUCUCCACGGUUUUACCAUCAGAUUUCUCCUAUUGUUACUUCUGCCAGUCAAUAUAUGGCAAGUGAAGCUACUACUCCUACAAGUGCUGAACCAUCAUCUGGUUGUCGUUUAACUGAAUUUGAAAAAGAAAUUCGUUCACGAAGUAACAGUAGUAGCAGCAGCAGUGGGAGUUCACAACAAAGAUGUCGAAAUGGUAACACUUCUGCUGCUGCUAUGACAACCACCACGACUAGCAGUAGCAGUCAUCGUCAUAUGAGUACUAAUGCUGUACUCAUGAAAGCUACUGAUCAUCCCAUCAUCCUUUCAUCAUCGAACUCUACUGCUGCUAUUCAACAUUAUCGUACACCACAAAAGUCUAGUCCCAAUCAUCAUUCAGGAGGUUCUAUGUGUUCUAAUUCUCAAUCAGAAUCUAUUCAAACUAAUUCCAGUUAUGAUACAGUUCGUCCAGUUCAUGUAUCACCAGCUAGACUUCAGUCGCACUUUUUAUUUAAUCGUUCAAAUCAAUCUAUGGAAGCCAACGUUGGCGAUGAGAAACACGCUGUGCAUAAUCAAUACCUUCGUCAUCAUCAUUCAUGCGAGGAUGAGAAUUCUUCACAGUCUAUUACAGAAUUUAGAAAGUUAUCAUUAAAUGAUGAACCGUCUUCAUUUGAAGGUAACCACAAUAAUAAUACUAAUUUUGAGGGUCAUUCUUCUCCUUCAAGACUCACACCGUCACCGCUAGUUUUCUCUUCAUCGAUUAGUGAUCGUUCAGAUAAUAACAGCUGCUCUACUUCUGCUGCUCCUGGUGGUGCUGCUAUACCGCCCUCUCUAUCAGACAAUCAUCGAGAGGCGAUUAUUUCACCGUUUGUAACAGCGUCUACAACAAAUUCUUCGAAUAAUUCAGAUACUGGUAUAGGGAAUGGAAAGACAAAAGAAGGAGAAGCAGAUGGUGACGACGACGGUAAUGAAAGAGAAGAAGGAAAGCUACGCCGAAGCGAAGAUGCACUUCAGAGUAGGUCAAUAUCACCAACAGAUGAUGAUAAUGAUGGUAAUUCAUUUCUACUGCCUCCACCAGUUCCAUGGAAUUUAGAUGUAUCCAGUGAAAUGUUGAAUGAAACAACACCAAGUCUGUUUGUUAAUGAUAGACAUGAUAUAAUUAUGAAGAGUAAUCAUAGAUGUAAAGAGCAUCGAGCGGUGAAAUUCGAUGAUCAUCUAGCCGGCGGCGGCGGUGAUGUAUCACCUCAUUAUUGUCAACAUUUUUGUAAUCCUGUUAACAACAGUCAUCUUCAUCAAUCAAGAGGUCAAAAUAAAGAUCUGUGUCAGUUGGACAACAGCAAUAAUAAUAAUAAUAUAUGCUGUUUAAAUGGUGUAUGUAAUAAUACUAAUAAUGCUCAGCAUCACAAUCAGCAUCGUCAUAUGGAUCAUUCACCUGAACUAUCCCCGCUGCAUCAAUUCAAUUUUGAUAGUAUUGGGCUUUCUGAUGUUAGUGAUAGUAACACGUAUGCAUUCAGUACAUUAGAUUCAGAAUAUUUAGCUUGGAUGCGUUUAAGUGUACGUGAUGUGACAAAUCAUCAUCGUUUCACUGAACAUGUGGAUUCAUCUGCGUCAGCUGCACUGGAUUUACCUGAUCUAGAGACUUUAUCACGACCAUGUGUUCAUCAUUGGGUGGAUAUAUUCAAUUCAAAUCCAUUAGGUUUAAGGCUAAAUUUUGUGGAUGAUUCAUGUCGACUUGCUGGUACACUGCGCAUUUAUAUAAAUCUUAUUAAACCGGUGAAAAUGUCAUUAAGACGUACAUUAGAUAUGCUUCCGUCAAGUGAAACAGCUUCACCUGAACCAAAUAGUCCAUCUAAAGGUGGCAAUUGUAAUAAUGAAAAUGCCAAUGAUUUUGCUCCAACACCACCACGUCUAGUUUCAUUUUUCCUGCCUAGAGGUACCUCAAAAGUCGUCUAUGUUACAAGUUCAACAACUUCUGCUAAUGCCAUUCAAUCAUUGCUGGAUAGAUUUCAUAUUCAAGAAUCUGCACGUAAAUUUGCUCUAUAUGAGCAUACAUUAGAAGGCAAUACAAUUAGUGCUCGUAAACUGUCAACUUCUGAAUGUCCUUUAUUGUUAUUAUUAAAUUGGGUUCGUACAACUUCAAGUCGUGAUCAUUUCUUAGAAUUACUUAAACAAAAACGUAUUGUACUACAGGAAAAUGAUGCAUGUGACAUAGAGUGGAAAGAGUUCACAACAGCAGAGUUGACCAACUUCUUACGUAUACUUGAUAAAGAAGAAUCUGAAUAUCGGAAUGCUAUCCUAUAUCAAUACAAUUUAUUACGUAAUCAGUUGGAGCAACGAAUGAAACAGUUGUUGGAGACUGGUGAGGCUUAUCGUUAUCACCACCACCAUCAUCAUCAAUCACAUCAUCAGCAUCACCAUGGUGGUAACGAGAAUAGCGUCGUUAGUGAUGAUUCAUUGACUAGUGAUACUAAUGGUGGACCACCUGUUUAUUCAAGAUUCUAUUCACCAUCACAUCCUUAUGCUCUGGAACAACAACAACAGACUAAUGAAGACUGUCAGCCUCAAUCGACAGGACAACCUUGUUAUGACUGUCAUUGUUCUUCACGUUAGCUGAUUCUUUCGAUGAUGGUGAUGGUGAUGGCGAUGAUGACGACGAGUAUUGACGAACAUUUCCUAGUGGUCACUUUGAAAAUGAAAGAAAGGAGAAGAAGAAGAAUCAACAUUCUAGAUCCGUUUAUUUUUAUCCAUUUUUCUUCGUUGUGGAUAGCAACUAACUACUCAAAUCAUUAUUUAGUAAUAUUAUUUAUCUCUCUAUCGUUUGUUUUUUUGUAUGCAGACAAGACUGAAAAUCAUCUUCACAUAAUCUUAAGCUCGACUCCUGUCCAACUUUUUCCAACCUCCUCAUGUCGUAAUGAUAAUAAUAAGUGUGUGACUCAUACAGGAAUCUGUACUGUGGAUAACUAACUGUGAAAUAUUUGACUGACUGACAACUCUUCUGUUUGGCCUAUCUCCUCUUGUCUCCUCCACACACACACACACACACUCUGUUUUCCUUUCUGUAGUUCGUGUAUUGUAAACCUACUUCCAGCCUGAUUUUAUCAGUCUGUUGUUGUGUUUCAUCUUCUCGGCUUUAAUUAUUUUCCCCUCGCUGUCAUCAUGUGUGGCGCGUACAAUCGGACUAAUGUGUAAAUAUUUUUCUUUUGAAAAAUCAAUAUUUAUUUUUUACCAUGUUCUUGUUACCUUCCAUCCUGUUUUCUCCCCGCCUUCUCCCCUCUCUCUCUCUCUUUCUCCUGGAAGCGAAAAGCCUACACAUACAUACACAUACAUUUGUAGUGUACUCUGUAUUGCUUCUGAUUCUUGUUCCUCGAUAUUUCUUGUUCGAUGAUCGGUGGUGGUUAACAGUCCUACUCAAAUAAGUAAUGACGUGCUUGAUGUUUUCUUAUGGAUUGUGUUAUGCUUUCUUAUGUGUUUGCUAAAUAGUAUUAAUUAAAUUAGAGCAACUCUGAUCUGCUCUACCCUGCUCCUCUGAGACUGCGGCAUUCAUUCAUCGAUCGGUACACCCAUUUAUGCAUUCAUUCAUUCACUUACUGACAUAUACCCCCCUCCUCCAUAUACAUGCCAACAUGUUGCGUGUGUGUGUGUGCCUGUGUAUGUGUGUUUGAGUCUUUUAAAUAAUUCCUAAACUCAUCUUGUUUUUUUUACGUACGAUAUUUUUGUGCAUUGAAGAGUUCGCUGAAGUGUCUGUGUGUGCGUGUGGCGGCGUGGCGUUGAAACGCAGUUGAUUGACCUUUGUCGAGAGAAAGGAAACGAAAUUAGUAAUAAAUAAAAAUCGAUGAGAAUCAAUAUUUCUUUUAUGAGUUCUACCGACUUCUUCCUUUCUUUUUUCUCACUGUCUAUUUUGUCCAAGAUUUAAAAAGGAGA